AUGGCUCCCGCAGUCCGCCGACCCGUCCGCGUGGGCGGUGCCUCAGGCGGCUUCUCCGACCGCGUCCGAGCUAUUGCAUCCCUAGCCAAAGACGACGUCGAUGUCAUAGUAGGGGACUGGCUCUCCGAAAUGACAAUGACCAUGCACGGUACCGGAAAGCUAAGAAACAAAGAGCAGAUGCUGCAAGCUCGUUCGUUCGAGGAGAAGCUCAACUAUGCCAUGUUCGCUGAGAACUUUAUGGACUGCUUUACUCCUGCAAUACAAGACAUAGCUACCCGUGGCAUCAAAGUCUGUGUUAAUGCCGGUGCAUCUGAUACCGAGCUGCUGGCUCAGCUUGUGGACAAGACGUGCAAGGAAGCUGGGUACCCACUGAAGGUCGCUUGGAUUGAGGGUGAUGAUGUUACGGGAACCGUUAAGAGUAUGUUGGAUAAAGGCGAGGGCUUCAAGAGUUUGAUGCACGACAAGUCGGUAUCCGAAUGGGGGCUGGAGCCUGUUUGUGCUCAGUGCUAUCUUGGUGGUUUGGGUAUCGCCAGAGCACUGACGGAAGGCGCUGACAUCGUCAUCGCCGGUCGUGUCUCGGAUGCUUCGCCCAUCAUUGGUGCCGCUGCAUGGUGGCACGAAUGGACGAGUGAUCAAUUUGACGAGCUGGCUGGCUCUCUAGUAAUUGGCCAUCUCCUGGAGUGUGCCGCGUACGUAUCCGGCGGUUACUGCUCUGACUUUCGCAGUCUUCUGGCCCAAGGCAAGCACAUCAACAUGGGCUUUCCGAUCUGCGCAAUCGACAACAGAGGCGAGGGGGUGAUGUACAAGGAGAAGAAUACUGGCGGCUGUAUAACAGUCAACUCAGUCACAUCCCAGCUUCUCUACGAGAUCCAGGGCCCGCUGUAUUACAACUGCGACGUCACCGCAGACCUAACCGACAUCAAGAUCGAACAGAUCGGCGAGGACCAAGUCAAAGUCUCUGGCAUCAAAGGCCUGCCACCACCCCCAACGACCAAAGUCGGCAUCACAGGCUUCGCAGGCUGGCAAGCCGAAUACCACAUCUACCUCGUCGGCCUGCACAUGGAAGAAAAGUGCCAAUGGAUCGAAGAACAAAUCCGAUACGAACUGGGCCCAGAGCUGAUCAAGAAGUUCGACGUCCUAAGAUUCAUGCAAAACGGUUCCUCCGUCAUCGACGCCCGCAACCAAGACGUCGCCACAGUCGAUUUCCGCGUCUUCGCCCAAUCCCGCGACAGAGAACUUCUCAACAUGCGCAACCCCAAAGGCUUCUUCCGCAUCUCCAUGGUAAACUUCCUCAUGUCGUGUCCAGGUGCGUCACUGGGUAACGACGUGCGUCAAGCGGAGGGGAAACCAUACUACGAGUACCAUCCCUCGCUUCUCCCGCAAUCUGCCGUCAAACAACGCGUUCAUUGUAUCUGGGACGGUGAAGCAACCAACGGGUUUGGUGACGGCAAGAAAGUGAUCGAUAUGCCCCUCGCACCCGAAUUCCGCGAGUACCCGCGCCAACAACCCUCCUACGAAACUACAUCACCCAUCCCACUCUCCCACUUCGGACCUACAAUCCGCCUCCCCCUCGGCUCCAUAGUCCUCGGUCGCUCAGGCGACAAGUGCUCCGACGCCAACGUCGGUUUCUUCGUCCGCCACGCCGAUGAAUGGGAGUGGUUGCGCAGUUUCCUCACCAUCGACAAGGUGAAGGAGUUGCUAGGGCCGGAAGAGUACAAAGGCAAGCCGAUCGAUAGGUUUGAAAUGCGGAAUGUCAAGGCGGUGCACUUUUUGUUGCAUGAUCAUUUGGAUCGUGGGUAUGAUGCUUGUAGUACGUAUGAUACGCUGGGCAAGAAUUUUUGUGAGUAUCUCCGGGCGAGGAGCGUGGAUUUGCCGGUUAGGUUUGUGGAGAGGGGGGUGCUGUAG